AUGAUGAGGUGGAAAUAUGGUGUGGCCGAUAAUUCAGGCAAAUCUCGCAAAAUUAUGGCGGAAAUAAAAGAUGAAUACAGUAAGUUCGGCAAGUAUCUUAUGAAAGAAGUUGAGCACAAGAAUAUCUUGCUUAUUGGACGCACUCGUACAGGCAAAUCGACCAUAAAAUCAUUGCUCGUGAAUCCCACGUCCGUGCCGGAUCAAUUAACGCUCAAAUCCGGUACAAGAGAGUCUCAUUUUCAAGCCUUUCAUUUGCAAGAAAAUGAUACAGUACUCAACAUUAUUGAUACACCAGGUCUUUUCGAACAUAGCAAUAAUGAAGUGGAUAUUCGUGACAAUGAGGUUAUCCUAAAAACAAUUGGCUUGUGUAUGACUAUGGAAAUCACCAAGUUUCAUGCAAUCUGUUUUUGCGUCUCCAUUGUAGCUGGCAUUAAUCGUGAAGAUAUCAACUCACUCGAACUUUUACAAGAUUAUCUUGGCGUUGAAACGUCGAAGAAUUCGUGUUUGAUUGUAGCACGCUGCGAAUCGAUCGAUGAAGAACAACGUGAAAAGCUAAAAAGAGAAUUGAUGGAAGAUGUGUAUUUCAAAAGAAUCGCACCGUUUUUCAAGUUGGGUAUUUAUUUUUCUGGCUCCAUCAAUCGAGACGAUCUCAACCAAGGGAACGAAAAUGUGUAUCGCCAGUUUUUCACAGUUA